AAGAGCCCGUUUGCAUUCCUCCCCCUGUUCCUUCCGAGAAACAGCUAUGGCGUCACUUUGCAGGCCCGCCGCCAUGGUCGCCGCGAGAUCCGUCGUGGGGCGCACCAAGUCUCUUCUCCCCAAAUCUGCACCGUCUCGGAGAGCUUCCUCAACCCUGACGAGAUACAUGGCGCCGGCGUUGGGAAGCGUCGAGUCGUUGAUGCCGCUUCACAGCGCCAUCGCGUCGGCCCGUCUCAAGUCUUUCAUCGCGGUUGAUUCUUCCUGCUGGAGUUGGCUCUCCCAAGGUUUAAACAAGCGCAUCUGACCAUGGCUUUGAAGAGUGCAACGAAGAAUGGGAGGAACAUUGCAUGACGUGCUUUGCCUUUGUGACCCAGAUGUGCUGACUUCAUGCUAUAUUGGUAUUAGAUUAUCAAAGCCUCUCUGCUAAUUUGAUGAUAAUAAAAAAAUGUAUCAUUGCAUCUUUUCAUCUCGUCCUCCGAUGGAUUUUAUUUUAAAAUAUACAUUAAUUUUUGAUACGGUAUAUGCUUCUGUUAGCAAUCCCAUUUGUGUUUUGUUCUUUACAUAA